AAUGUAAUUGAUUUAACUGAAAGUCCAGAAAGUAAAAAAUUCAAAAGGGAUAUUGGUGCAGAGGUAGGUAGUGUAAGAAUGAAAACAAAUUAUAUAGUUUCUACUGUAUUUGAAGUCCGUAUGAAACGAAAUUUUGCCCUUUUUAUUGUUUUGUUUGACAGCAUGUCUCAAAUAAUAAGGAAUGGUUGUUACUGUUUGUUCAUAUCUCAUUUAAUUCCCAAAUAAUUGCGGUUUUUAGAAAUUGAGCUAUGGCGUUAUUAGUUGUAUGUACUUGACUUGCUAGAGAAACAAGAAAGUCGUUGACACUUGGCAAGGUUACUUACUGCACUCAAGCAAAUAUAUCAGUGUGUCAAAAUGGUUGCCAUAGGAACAUGCUAGGGAUGGGCCGAUAUCGAUACCAAAUACUCGAUACUAUCGAUACCAGGGUUUUGAACAAAAGUAUCGAUACUGGCAAGAAAUAUCGAUUGUUUCGAUACUUCUGAGCCUGCGAUAUUUUUUCAUUGUGGUCAGCGGACUAAUCAUGAAAAUGAUGCCAAAAAGCCUAAAUAGGCGUAAAUACUAUCAAAGUAGUUCAUUUUCUAUGGUGCUUAAUGGUCCACGGGCAGGAUCAGAGUUUGUGGUUAUGUUAGUUACAAUCAUGAAAAUAAACGUGUUGAAAACGUAUUCAACCAGCAUGAUUUUGGCGUCGAAGAAAUGAAAAUAAUCUUUUCUUGUUGUGGUUGUUCGAGUUUGGAAAAUAUCGAUAUGAGUAUUGAUAUCGACAAAAAAUGGCAAAUAUCGAGUAAAUAUCGUAUCGAAUGAAAAAGCUGGUAUCGCCCAUCCCUAGAACAUACUAGUUCGCAGGCCUCUAUCUUUUAAGUAUACAUAUUUUUGUUUCCAACAAAAAUAAAGCAAUUUUCUUUUUCAAUUUUUUGGUUACUACAAUUUCAGAACUCCUAGAUAUUUUGAUAACUACUAAUUGUUGAAAUAAAGCAGACACACGUUAGAAAACAAUUGAAAAAUUAAAAUUACGUGGCAGGAGAGAACUUUGAACUACUGUAGUCUGUUACUAUGGCAACCAUUUUGACACACCAAUGUAUUUGCUUGAGCACAGUAAGUAACCUUGCCAAGUUUCAACUAAGUUGGUCAAAUCCCCUCUGAGAAAUCCGACUUUCUUGUAACAAAAUGUAACCACCAUUCCAAUUGCAUUAAAAGUUUAAGACAUGCUAUCAAACAAAACAAUUGUGCAAAAUUUUGUUUCAUAAGCAUAAACAGUACUGUAAAUUCAUAUCAAAUAUUAUAUAAAUGAACGAAUUCAAUAUCAAUAGGCUUCUACUGUAAUGCUGAUAUGAAACUAUAUGAUAUGACUUUGCAAAUAAAUUUCAGUUGAAUGUAAAGAGAUAUGAUAAUAAUGAUGAUAGUGAUGAUGAUGAUGAUAGUGAUGGGGUUCCUUCAGUACUUACAGGAACGUAAGUUAAUAUAAUUACCCAAUAUACAGUAAUGUACCCUGGUCCAUCGCAUAUAGUGUAAGCGCAUUGCAAAUAAAGGUGCAUGCACUCAUAUCCAAAUAUAGGCGCAUGCGCUUCUACAGUAAAUAGUCAAAAUAUGCAUGUUUACUAAACUUAAAAAGAAUGCUUUAAUACACAUAUUUUUAACCUCGCAGUAAAUUCUCGACAUUCUCGUGAUCAUUAUCAUCUGCAUACCUCUACGUACACACCUCAACUUUGGCGUAAAUACACUAAUGAUUCUUCCGAGGCAUUUCUUAUUACCUUUUAUAGCAUGGUUCUGGGUACAAAAUGGUGUGCGCCCACUGAUCCCUAUAUAGUAGCUUAGCGCGAUCAUAUAUUUUUUCCCUAAAGCACCUGGGUACGAAGAUGGUGUGUGCCUACAAGCGAAAUUUUGCAAGCGCAUGCCCCUGUCAAACGUUUUUGUUUUGCUCCAAAAGUUUUACAAAAUUGCAGCAAAUUCUCUUAUAUAUGCGUGGAACACGGGAGGAAUUUUUGUUUCAGUCUGAUUUGUAUGAUUGUUUAUGUACAUCAAAACCUUGGCAUACUUAAUUUACGGAUGUCACCGAAGUGUGCGAGCCACUAAAAAUUAACACGACCGCCACGCCCCAAAAGAAAGCGUUAGCGACCCGCUCACAAAGACAAACGUUUGUUUCAAAACUUUAAUGUGCUUCUGUUUGAAAAUGUUGUCUAUAAAAGGGAAAGGAUAGAAUAUACAGUCGAAUAUGACUCCCAUAUGGUCAUCAUAAGUUAGUAUUCUUUACGCGCGACAAGUGUGACAUUUCAUGAAUGACGUGUUGCGUAAACAAAACGUUUGUCUUCGUUAGAGACCCGCCAACGCUUUCUUUUGAGGCGUGGCGGUCGUGCGAAUUAUUAGUAGCACGCACACUUUGGUGACAUUUGUAAUAUUACUUCGAUUUUUGAUGAAAGUCUUUUUCCUUUGUGUAUUAAGUGGUCGUCAAAGAAUCACCCCAUCAUUAUUGAAUGGAAAGAAAGUAAAGAAUGUGGAUUCCUUACCAUUCGAUAUUGAUGGAAACCAGAUCUUCAAGCUUCAAAACGAGGUGGAUUCAAGGGUAUCAGAAGACGAGCAACAUGCAAAGGAUCCCCUAGAUGUCCAAAUCAAAACUGUUGGUAUAAAAGACAGUAUGAACAGGAAAACAGGGUUAACUUUGAGAAGAAAAACGGAAUCACUGUUUGUCACAGUUGCAACUCAGAAGCAGAAGAUGUACCAUGUCAUGCAGUAAAAGUGUGGGAGGUUAGCCAAGACAAACAAUGGGUGACCAUUUAUCAUCAUGGCGACCACACAUGUGUGGCAAUUAAAAAAGGCUGCGCAAAGGCGAUCCAGGAUGAAGCAGCGACUGCAUUCCAAAAGUCACGACAAUUGAAACCACAGAGAUAUGUAAAUGAUAAAAUCAUAUCUACCAUCGAGGAAGAUACCACUGGUGCAGACGUGUUAAAAGUCGCAGAAUCGUUGGUUAGCAAUGCAACAAUGUUGAAUAUCAAAGCACGUGCAAGAGCGGAAAUGGAUAGUAGUGGCGACAACUUUGAUGCUGUUGGAAAAUACAAAGAAAAAGUAUGUGAAAAGCUUUCCGACCCAUUUCUCAUUUACAAGGUUCACAACAAAUCACUGGAUAGCAGCCGCCCUUCUUUUGUAUUCAAGAGCAGCAAACAGCAGCUUCAAAUAGCUAUUGAUAUGGACAGAGAAGGAGACAAUCCUCUUAGUCAGGAGUACUGCCAUCUUGACGGCAACCACAAGCGAUGUGCUUCGUUCAAAACUAUCACCCUGUGGGUUUACCAUCCUUUCCUGCGCCAAAUGUGUAAAAUAGCAACGAUGGAAGCGGAAUCAGAAAAUUUGUUGUCUAUGAACAUUUUCUGGGAGGUACUGAACGAAGCGAUUCAAGAGUAUUCUAAUGAUGCCAAUCGGAAGUUUAAACCAUUUGGAUACAUGAUGGAUGAAGCUGGGGCAUUCUGGUCUUCCAUUUCAUGUGUACAAGGAGUAGAAGAUCUUCAAAGGUCUGUCAGCUGUGAAAAGCACUUCGACUUUACUGUGGCACGGCAGAAGAAGACCCUUGUAGGGGAAGAUACAAAGAAGGAAUUCAAGUUUCUGUGCGAAUCUGUGAGCAAAGCUGAAACUCCCCUUGUAUAUGAAAAAGCUGCGGAACGAAUGGUUCAAUUUAUUGCUACCCAUACUCACCUACAAUCAUGGUGGGAUUUGUGGCAGAAGAGACAAGGUCAUGUUUUUCGUGCAUUCAAGCCUCUUCACAAUGUGCCAAGAACCAAUCACGCUGAAAUUGGCCAUUCGCGCUGGGUAAAGAUCGGAGCAGUCAAUCUUUCUUCAAUCGACGCGUGUAGAGAAGAUGUUGCAGAGAGUGUUAAACUUUCAGCUUCUUUGGAUGCCUAUUGUGCUGGUGCCUUUAAAGGUGGUACAGGUCCAAGUAGUGCUGACCUGCGAAAACGAAGGUAUGCUGAGCAGAGCAAUAGGGCCGAUGCAUACAUUGCAGAGUUAGAUGAAGUCGCCCUCGGGGAUGUUGUUAUGACAAACAGGGAAACAUGUGGUUUCGUUGAGCCAACAUCUUCGCACAGACAUGAUCCUGUUGAGAAAUCACAACAUAGUAAAAACGACAGAGCCACGCCUUACCGACCGAAGCGAUCAAAGCCUUUUUUGAGAUCACUUGAUAUUGCAAAAAAACCAAGAGGUCUUUCAUAG